ACCUCCUUCACAGGACAAACCCCUGUCCAGAUCACCCAACAUUCAUUUAUAUAAUAAUGAUCAGCGGAACAACACUUUCUGGUUCAUCUAUAAAGCCCCUGGCUUCUUUAUCCCUUGACAUGGCCGUUGACCUUGACGUGGUGCUGCUCAUUUUGGCUGAACUGGACCGUGCGCAUCUCCAAAGAGCGCACGGAAUUACGCACGAGCCUAUACAAGGACAUCAAUGUCUUUAGCCCAAGAGGACUGAUAAAAACAGUCAAGAAAAUGCUUAAAAACAUCACAAACUUGCGGGUCUAUUUGCAGCCACAGAGCAGGGCUACUUAAGCGCUUCUUGUGCGUAAAAAUGACUUUUUAAUCAGCAAAUCCAUCCAGUCCAGAGAGAUAAGCACGGUGGCUACGAGAACAAUUAUCUGUUCACCAUAUUCACACAAGUCAGAAAACAAAACCAGGUACGUCACACACGCCCCACCUCUCCUCUCUCUCUCUCCCAAAUGCUUCCAGCGCGCACAGACUUUCCAUUUCACCCCUCCCCCUGACAUCACAGGAGGCAGAGGCGCUCCUUCGGUCCAAACUGCACUUACAAAGCCCUACAUUUUAUCUGUCAGCGAGGAGACCUGCAUGGACAAACUCGGGACUAAUACCCAUGUAUUCGUGCGAUUUAUGACGAUGAGGGAUUCCAGAGGUUUAACGCACCUCCAAUUACCAAAGAAAGGGCUUUCAGGCUCCAUUAUUUGCUAGAAAAAGUGUGGAAAAGCAGAAGGAGAGUGCAUGUUACUCGGCGGGCUUCAUUUCCUCGAUGCUGCAGAGCAGGAGCUGGAUGACAUGAUGCUGCAGAGUCCGCUCACCUCCACGCCGUUUUCUGUCAAGGAUAUCCUCAAGCUGGAGCAGCAGCAGCAGCAGCAGUCCGGGUCCUUGGAGCUGACGCACCGGGUCCACAGCCAGCAGCACUUGGCCUCCUCUCCUCCUCAGCAGCAGCAGCAGCAUUUCCAAACGCCGCCGUCCUGCAUGCUGGCCGGGGCCCGGGACAGCCCUUCCUUCUCGGACGGGGAAGACAACCUGGCUUACCUCAGCGCGCUGGCGGUGCGUGAGGAGGACCGCGGGGAGACCAGCCUGUCCCCGGACAUGUACGUCCAUCCCGGCCUGCAGGGAGCCAAGCUGGAGGCCGCCGAGCUGGAGGAGCAGGAGAGCAAGAACUGCGGGCUGUUAUCCAGGGAAGAGGCAACAGAGGGCGGGCAGGGCGACUCGGAGAGGCCGGUGCAGAAGCAGAGAAGCCGGCGGAGACCCAGGGUGCUCUUCUCCCAGGCGCAGGUCUUCGAGCUGGAGCGGCGCUUCAAGCAGCAGCGCUACCUGUCCGCCCCGGAGCGAGAGCACCUGGCGAGCACCCUCAAACUCACCUCGAACCAGGUGAAGAUCUGGUUCCAGAACCGCCGCUAUAAAUGCAAAAGGCAGCGGCAGGACAAGUCUCUGGAAGCGGCGGGGCAACACCACCCUCCGCCGCCGCGGCGCGUCGCCGUGCCGGUGCUGGUCCGUGACGGGAAGCCGUGUUUGGGCAGCGCGCAAAGUUACACCGCCGCUGCUCAGUACGGACCCAACCCGUACAGCUAUAACGGAUAUCCGACCUACACAUACAACAGCCCCGCUUACAACAGUAACUACAGCUGCACGUACACCAGCAUCCCCGCCCUUCCUCCGUCCAGCACCCAGAACGCUUUCAUGAACAUGAACUUGGGAAACGUGAGCGGCCUCGGCGGCUCUCCACAGCCCCAAACACACCAAGGGACAGCGGUCACGUCCUGUCAGGGCUCCCUGCAGGGCAUCCGGGCCUGGUAGUCUCACCGGAACUGAACUGGGGUCCAUUUUCACUGAGCUCUUUAACUUUUGGUCAACCCACAACCUUUUUAGACGUGUGUAUUAACCUGGUCAAAAUGUCUCAGAACAGUAUUGGUUUUAUAAUGAAUGUGCGUUUGGAUCCACCUGUCUAAGAAUUAUAAACAGAGUGAGAGCGCGUCCCGGCUGGCUGUCACACAGUGGCAUCUCAACAGAAUCAGCUUGGGUGAUUUGUUUUUUUGCGGCCCAAUAAUUGAUGGUGCUGUAGUUUGGCAGCGGCAGGACUCAAGCACAAGUUUGCGCAUUUUCUUGUUAUCUGGACUCAAGCAGAAGAAGACUGGGCUUUGAAAUGUUUUGAACGUGGUAUAUUUUAGGCUAUGGAAAGACUGAACUGCAUUAACGUGUUUUUGGUUCAACAGAGAAUUGUUUUAGUCUAUUUCACAUCUAUUCAAAUAAACCCGAGAG